UAGCGGGCAGGCGGGCGGCCGGGGCUGCGCGCUCGGGACGCGCGGAAUGUGAGGCGCGGCGAGCCGCUGCGCACCGGAGCUCGCUCGCUCGCUGGUUCGCGCGCGCCAAGGGCGGCGACCCCACGCGGACGAUCGGCCGCGCCCCGCCGCGCUCCGUGUCGCGCGCGCCCUUGUGCCCUCCUGGUGCCCUCCAGCGCGCCGGCGGGACCAUGAAGAAGUUCUCUCGGAUGCCCAAGUCGGAGGGCAGCGGCGGCGGGGCGGCGGCUGGCGGGGCCGCGGGCGCCGGGCUCGGCGGCGGCUUCUCAGGCUCGUCCGUGGGGGUCCGGGUGUUCGCCGUCGGCCGCUACCAGGUCACCCUGGAGGAGUCGCUGGCCGAAGGUGGAUUCUCCACUGUUUUCCUGGUGCGGACUCACGGUGGGAUCCGAUGUGCACUGAAGCGAAUGUAUGUCAAUAACACACCUGACCUCAACAUUUGUAAAAGGGAAAUCACAAUUAUGAAAGAACUAUCUGGCCACAAAAAUAUUGUUGGUUAUUUGGACUGUGCUGUCAAUUCAAUUAGUGAUAAUGUGUGGGAAGUGCUUAUCUUAAUGGAAUAUUGUCGAGCUGGGCAGGUGGUGAAUCAAAUGAAUAAGAAGCUGCAGACGGGCUUUACUGAAUCCGAAGUCUUACAGAUCUUCUGUGAUACCUGUGAAGCUGUUGCAAGGUUGCAUCAGUGUAAGACUCCCAUCAUCCACCGAGAUCUGAAGGUAGAAAAUAUUUUGCUAAAUGAUGCUGGAAAUUAUGUACUUUGUGACUUCGGCAGUGCCACUAAUAAAUUUCUUAAUCCUCAAAAAGAUGGAGUUAAUAUAGUAGAAGAAGAAAUUAAAAAGUACACGACUCUGUCGUAUCGAGCCCCGGAAAUGAUCAACCUUUAUGGCGGGAGACCCAUCACCACCAAGGCUGACAUCUGGGCCCUGGGAUGUUUACUGUACAAACUUUGUUUCUUCACUCUUCCUUUUGGUGAGAGUCAGGUUGCUAUCUGUGAUGGCAGCUUCACCAUCCCAGACGGUUCUCGCUACUCCCACAACAUACAUUGUUUGAUAAGGUUCAUGCUUGAACCAGAUCCAGAGCUCAGACCUGACAUAUUUCAAGUAUCCUACUUUGCAUUUAAAUUCGCCAAAAAGGAUUGUCCAGUGUCCAACAUCAAUAAUUCUUCUCUUCCCUCAACUCUCCCUGAACCGAUGACUGCUAGCGAAGCUGCUGCUAGGAAAAGCCAAAUGAAAGCCAGAAUAACAGAUACCAUUGGACCAACAGAAACCUCAAUUGCACCAAGGCAAAGACCAAAGGCCAUUUCCACUACUGCCACUUCCAGUGUGCUGACUAUUCAGAGUUCAGCAACGCCUGUUAAAGUCCCUGCUCCUGGUGAAUUCAGUAACCACAAAACAAAAGGAGCACUGAGACCUGGAAAUGGGUCUGAAGUCCUAGUGGGUCAGGGCCCCCCUCAGCAACCACCACAGCAGCAUAGAGUCCUCCAGCAGUUACAACAGGGAGAUUGGAGAUUGCAGCAACUUCAUUUGCAUCGAGUUCCUCAGCAGCAGCAGCAGCAGCUGCAGCAGCAGCAACAGCAGCUACUUCAAAAUGCUUAUUUGCAGCAGUAUCAGCAUGCAAUGCAGCAGCAGCAGCAGCAGCAGCAGCAGAUCCUUCAACAACAGUUUUUAAUGCAUUCAGUCUAUCAGCCACCACCUCCCACAUCACAGUAUCCUACAAUGAUGCAGCAGUAUCACCAGGCUUUCUUGCAGCAGCAGAUGCUAGCUCACCGUCAGCAGCCUCAGUACCAUCAGCAGCCUCCGCAGCAGGCAUCACCUGAGUAUCUUACCUCCCCUCAAGAGUUCUCACCAGCCCUCGUUCCCUGCACUUCAUCACUUCCAGCCCAGCUUGGAGCCAUAGUGGAUUCCUCUUUCGGUGCCAAUAGGUCAGUUGCUGAGAAGGAGGCAGUCAUGCAUUUCACAAAUGAGAAGGGCAUCAGUCACCCGCCUGAUAUGUCAGGGUGGAACCCUUUUGGAGAAGACAACUUCUCCAAGUUAACAGAAGAGGAACUGCUGGACAGAGAGUUCGACCUUCUCAGAUCAAACAGGCUCGAGGAGAGUGCACCCUCAGAUAAGAAUGUAGAGCCACCCUCUGCUCCACAUAGCCAUCCUCCGGAAGACCCUUUUGGUUCUAUCCCUUUCAUUUCUCACUCAGGUUCUCCUGAAAAGAAAACUGAACGUUCUCCAAAUCAAAAAAUUAUCACUGCAAACCCUACCAAAAAUGGGAGCGCAAGUCCCCUAUGUAAAGAUCAGCGGGCUGUGAAGAAAACCUCAGAGAACCCAUCGGUCCGGGGUCAAGCGCAGAGGGGGCAUGACGAAUCUGAAAGCGAUUUUGAAUCGGACCCCCCUUCUCCUAAGAGCAGUGAAGAAGAACAAGAUGAGGAGGACGUUCAGGGAGAACACGGGGACUUUAAUGAUGAUGACACGGAGCCGGAGAACCUGGGUCACAGGCCUCUGCUCAUGGACUCGGAAGAUGAGGAAGAGGAGGACAAACACAGCUCUGACUCGGAGUAUGAACAGGCUAAGGCCAAGUGCGAAACUGGUGGGGGGCGGAGCCCAGCCCCUGACCCAGCUCUCCUCUCCCCAGCCUGUUCACCAACUGAUGCGCUGACUUCUGGCCAGGAGUUUGAUGUGUUCGGUGCGGUUCCCUUCUUCGCGGUGCCCGCUCCACAGCAGCAGCAGCAGCAGCACAGGGGGAAUGGGAAGAGCCUCUCCCAGGAGACGUUUACGGAGCAGGAGGACUUUGACGUCUUCACAAAGGCACCCUUCAACAAGAAGGUGAAUGUACAGGACUGGCCCGCAGCGGGGUCUGGCACGCGCCCGCUGCCUGCACGGCCCAGAAGUGUAGACGUGUUUGGCUCCACUCCCUUUCAGCCAUUUUCCACAUCGGCGAGUCGAAGUGAGAGCCGGGAGGAUGCUUUUGGACUCGUGCCCUUUGAGGAAAUAACCGGGAGUCAGCCGCAGAAAGUCAAACAGCGCAGCUUGCAGAAACUGACUUGUCGCCAGAGGCGCACGAAGCAGGACGUGGCCAAAAGCAAUGGGAAGCGCCACCACGGCACACCCACUAGCGCAAAGAAGCCCCUGAAGCCUCCCUACCGCACCCCCGAGAGGGCUCGCAGACACAAGAAGGUGGGCCGCAGAGACUCGCAAAGCAGCAGUGAGUUUUUAACCAUUUCUGACUCGAAGGAGAACAUCAGCGUCGCACUGACCGAUAGCAAAGACAGGGCCAGUGUCCUGCAACCCGAAGAGAGUCUGCUGGACCCCUUUGGUGCCAAGCCUUUCCAUCCUCCAGACUUGGCGUGGCACCAGUCCCAUCAGGGCCUAAGCGACAUCUGUGUUGAUCACAAUACCCUCUUGCCUGGGAGGCCAAGACAGAAUUCAGUGCACGGGUCAUUCCAUAGUGCAGAUGCGUUGAGAAUGGAUGACUUUGGGGCCGUGCCCUUUACAGAACUUGUUGCACCUCGUGAGUCCCAGCAGCCCCAACCAGUCGAAUUAGACCCAUUUGGUGCUGCUCCGUUUCCUUCUAAACAGUAGACACUCCAGGUGGACUUGGCAAUAACUCCUGUGUCAAAAAAGUAUGAAUAAUUUUAUGAAUCUGGAAGGAAAUGUAUUUGUAUAGUUGUUUAUAUCCUUCACUCUUACAGGUUAAUCAGGAUAGGUGAUUUUUAAACAAACCAAAUGCAAGUAUCUGUACAGGGUAGUGAGGACAUGCCUUCUUCAAGCAGGAGACGGCCUAAGUGGGAAGCUCCAAGGGAUUUUGCUACUGAAAGCUCAGAGGUACAACUUGAGGUGCUUCCUGGGAAGGCAGAUGUGUGGCCACUGAGGGACAGGAAAACAUAUCACUUGGGAUCAUGUCAUAUGGGUGCACACCCCAGGUCCAGAGAUUGGAGUCAGGCUGACUGAAUGUUUGCACCCAGGAAACAGCCUGGAGUGUUCUGUUCAGUUCACACACUUGCCUGUAACAUAGAGCCAGAAGUAACUGACUAUCGUGCCUAAAACUCUGUUGCAUUUUUAAAAACAAGUGCCAUUAAUAAUGGACUCUAUAAUGAAAACUAUAUGAAACAAUGUAUAUAUUAACUAAUUUAGCCCUUCCAUGGUAUAUACAUCAAAACAUGUAUAUGAUAAUAUAUAUGCAAUUUUUAAUCUGUCAAAAAUAAAUUUUUAAAAUAUGGAAUGCUUAAUAGAAGCCUAGAACAAAAAUGUAAAGAGAAACAUCUGGCAUUUGAAAAAUGUAAAAUAAUGAUACAUCAAAAAGAAAAGCAACAUUUGGUACUUUAGAAAUAAUAUGUUGUUUCUGAAUGGAUUUUUUGCCAAAAUCUUUAUCAUCACGUCCCUAGUGAAGCAUAUUGAUAAAAAUGGGAGGCCUGGGGUUAUACAGACUUUUAACUUCAGGAGAAACUAGCUGCAACUUUAAACUUUUAAGAUGUUUACAAUGUAAAAUCAUGUUGCAUUUACUAUUGUACUUUGUUACUUCACCACCCUUAUCCAACACUCCCGAAGUCAUGAGCAACCCCUUCCCUCAGGUUUGGGGGGGGGUUCCAUUAGUGACACUGACCAGCCUUAUGGGGACACAUGCCUCCGGCUGCCAGUCCCUCCGCACUGACAGCCAGACUUGUUGGCUAUGUAAGAAUGAGAUCAGAGGACUAGGACUUGAAUUCUGCUAGCUGAUCGCAUCGUUAGUGAGAAGAACUAAGCUACCAAAUUGCCUUUUAAAAAAUACCAUCAGUCAUAAUUAGAAACUUGAAGUUUUGUAGGAGUCAUGUUUAAUGGUAGCAAAUUAAACAUCAGUUAAUGUGAACACACUGUGCUUAUUGUGUCUCUGUCUUCAGUUAUAAUUGUCUUUAACUAGAUUAGCAUUAGAAGUUUCUAGAUUAAAAGCUAUUUACAAAAGGGGUGGGAACUUUAGCUUUACUUUAAGUUAACUCUCUUUGCCUCCAAUUAGUGUAUUUUAUGAGUAAUCUUAUUAAAACCUCUUUAUUUUAGUAGUGCCCUGAUAGGAUAAAUUAUUUGCCUACUUUCACAGUUUGGAACUUGGAAGAAGCAGAAUAUAUAGCUAAGCCACAGUCAUUUGGAUUGCUUUUCUUCUGUGAGCUCAGUCAGGUGAAAAGUGGACGGGCAGCUGCCCAGCAUACGUCAUCACCUCGAACUGGGCUGCAGCGCCUACUGUCCUUGUGCCAAAGGCAGAGACUGUGUUUGCACCUUUUUCUAGUUCUCAGGUUAAUAUUACUAAUACAAAUGGUAGUAGGUCCUUUAAACUCCAACAUAGAUUCAGUGAUGCUUUCCUUUAGAAGUGAAGAGUUAAUUACACAUGCUAAACUCAUCAACUGCACACUAGUUUUCUGUCUACAGAGGAACUCAUCGAGAAGGCAGUCAGUGAACUGGUGAUCUCCUGAGAUGUGAAUAUGAAAUUGUAGUUUUACUUGCCUUUCAAUGCACUGAGGAAUUUGAAGUGAUUCACUGACAUAGCCUCUUUGGCUUAUUAUGCUGGAUAAAUUCUUUGGAAACAACUCUGCCACAGCUUAAAAUGUUUACAUUGUCUCCUAUAGCCCAGCCAGAUGACAUUCCUCUUUGGAGACGAGCUCAUUGGAUGGGUGGAGUAUUUAUCUGGAGGUCCAGUAGGGCAGUUCCUUUGUGUUGAUGCUAGAGGUGUUUUCUUAAGUCUCCACAGACUUCCACUUCACUCUUCAGUCUCUGGACACCUGAGCCGUAGGUACUUAAUUCCCUUAUGAGAAUUAAACUGCCAAGCACAGGCUCUUGCACAUAGCGCUCAGCGAAGGCUGGCUCUGUCCAGGGAUGGCUCAGUUCUGGCUUAAGGAAUGUCAUUUGGGUGUGCCCUGUGCUUCUAAGUAUGCAAAGUAGUCCUAAACCUGUUAAACUUGAACAUCAAAGGGAAGUCACAUUAGAGACCUCGCAAGGUUCCGAGGUCAAAACUGUCUCUUAGAAGCUUUACCAGCUGGUUAACCCUGAAUCAUCUUUGAAAGAGUGGACCAUUUGCUUAGCUUCCAUUACUUCAGUAAAACAUUACUAUUUCAAAGAUCAUCGUUUAUGGCAUUGAAGAAUGUAGCUGCCGAGACUCAGAAGCUGCUUGGUGUAUAGUUGUAAGCUGGGAGAAAAUAACUGACGAGGAUAUUAAGAAGUGAGUGCCCCCCCAAACUGGGAUGUGUACUUGGGCAUGGUUAGGAAAUCCCUUGGAUCUCAGAUCUCUGCACCUCGCAGCAGUUUAACCAGGACUGACUACUGUUGUCAUCUUGCUGGUGAAACCUGCUCUCUUGUGCUGGUGUUGAGGGGCAGCCACUUGGCUGGGCCAUCUGGUUUGAACGUGUAUUACUAUCACUGCUUAGGGGAUUUGGGGUACAUCUGUUUAGUAUAUGUAGAAUGUGCAGUGAACUUAGUCAGUUUUUCCUGUUUUUUUUUUUUUUUUCUCUUUAGCAAAACUAGUCAUCAGUUUAGGUCUAGUUAAUUGAGUUGACAGUCUACUGUGAGGACAUGAUGUGUCUACUGUGACAAUAGCAAAUGACUAUUGGAAAACUUUUAUACUUGUGUGUUUUCUACUAAGAUAAAAAGACACGCCAUGCACAUCACAGCUCUCUAGUAGGGAAUUAAUGCGGAUUUAAAAAUGGCAAUCAUGGUUUUAUUGUUUUUGUUUUUUAAAGAGCAUUCACUCCUAGAGAGGGUUUAUAAAAACCACUAAAAGGAAGUAGAUGAAAAUACAGAGGGUUAGGUCUGUUUUAGGUUUUUUUUUUUUAAUUUUAAAAUUCACAGUGCUACUUUCAUAAGAGAACUGGUUUUAUUGCAAUGUGCUUUUUGUGACUGAAAGUCACCCAAUAGAAGGAGUAGUAGUCACUUGUUCUUUGUCUUGUGGUGCCGGGGAUUGAACCCAGGACCUUGCACAUGCUAGACAAGCACUGUAGCGCUGAGCUACACCUCUAGUCUGGAAGCUCCCUUUUCAUUGCUGGCAAACAGCUUUAAGUGCACUUUCUUUGAUUACACUUCCAUUUUUGUUAAACUUGAAUUUUCUGAAGCCUUUUUAUGUACCACUAAUAACUUUAAUCUUUUAAAAAACCGGAUUUAUACCUUUAGUUACAUUUCUAAUUGUUAUAAAACAUAUUUGCUAAAGUAACUUAAGUCCUCAAAUGUGGCUGGGAAACUUAUGAAAUAGAAUUCAGAUGCUUCCCUUGUUCCUAGGUAAGCACUAAUUUUAUUACCUUAUUGCCUUUACAUUGCUUAGUCUUGAAUUCUGUUCACUAUUUUGUUUGAGAUUUAAAGUUAUUUUCUUACUGUAUUUAUCAUACCUACUGUUUUAAUAAUCUGCCUUCUUUAAAUGCAAUAAAAUCCCAAAUGGAUUGCUUAUUCUUUAUAA